AUGCAGAAAGCUAUUUCUUACGUGAAUCCUUCGAAGAGUACCUCUCACUCGGAGGAGAACAGCCGUGCACAAACUCCUGUCAGCACUUCCAACCCAUUCGCAACCCCUCCAUACUCAAGACCUGCCUCGACCAUUGGGGCUCGAUCUGGAUUUCAGUAUGCUGAAGUUCCUGGAACAGGAUACUUUCGAUCUCGUCGCGUUCGCAAAGGAGAGGCUGUAAGUCUUGCUGUCACCAAGAAAGCAAAGAAGGAGGCUCUUCUAUGGAUUUUCCCUCUUUGCGGUACAAUCCUCGGACUAGGUCUCACGGGUAUGAUCAUCUACUUGAAGAUAGCUAGUAUUACACACCACAAGUACUGCCCAGUUCUGUUAGAAGAUUUUUCCUCUGGUAUUUUGGAUCCAAACGUUUGGACAAAAGAAGUUCAAGUGGGAGGUUAUGGGUUAGUUUCAUCCCUUGAGUACAUGCUUUCAGAUUCUAAUGAUCAAUACAGAAAUGGUCAAUUCGAGCAGACCACAACAGAUGCCGAGAACUUGUUCAUUCAAGAUGGGCAGCUGUAUAUCAAGCCUACAAUGCAAGACGCAUCGCUGGUCACCACCAACACUAUCAUCAAUCUUACGGCCGAUGGGACUUGCACAACCACUUCCAAUAUCCUUCUCAAUUGUGUCACUUCUACAAACACGACUAAUGGGACUAUCGUGCAACCAGUCAAGUCUGCUCGCAUCAAUACGAAACUUGGUGCUACCAUCAAGUACGGGAAAGUAGAGGUUGUAGCCAAGCUCCCAAAAGGAGAUUGGCUCUGGCCCGCUAUUUGGAUGCUCCCGGUCGAGGAUACCUAUGGAGAAUGGCCAGAGAGCGGUGAAAUUGAUAUUAUCGAAUCUCGCGGCAACAACUAUACCUACAGUCUUGGCGGCAACAAUUUUGUAUCCAGCUCUCUGCACUGGGGCCCGGAUGAAGCGAGCGAUGCAUACAAAACAACUACCAACGUGAGAGCUGCCUUACAUUCCGAGUUUGGUGAUGAAUUCCAUCUUUACGGCUUGGAGUGGACCGAGAAGUAUGUCUUUGCAUAUGUUGAUAAUACGCUGCGCCAAGUCAUGUAUUGGCCGUUCAAUAAGCCAUUAUGGCAACAAGGUAAUUUUCCCUUGAGUGACUCCAACGGAACAGCGAUUGUGGAUCCAUGGUCACAAACGGGCCGAGAUAAUACCCCAUUCGAUCAAGAAUUUUAUCUUAUCAUGAACGUAGGUGUUGGGGGACAGAAUGGUUGGUUCCUGGAUGGGGCAGAUGGAAAGCCAUGGGUUGAUGGAAGUGCAUCUGCAAAGCUUGAUUUCUGGAAAGCUCAGAACCAAUGGCUUCCUACGUGGGAGAAGAGUGGACAAAUGAUUGUCGACUCAGUGCAGAUGUGGCAACAGUGCGAUUGA